AUGGUGGGUGCACCUGGCUCUCUGCCCUCGGAGCCUCCAGCUGACUGCCACGCCAGAGGGACGCGCGGCCGGAGCUGCGACCUCCACCCGCCCUCGCGGCGCCCAUCGAAGUGGGGGUUCCCGCUACGCCGGGCCUCGCCGCUAUACCCAGGCCGCAUGGGGGUGGGGAAAGAACUUAGCGGAGCUCGGCCUCGGGAUCUGCGCCCCCGUGUAAAGAGCAGAGGAGAGUCAUUUCACCCGCUCUCUACUCAGCUGGGGUCUCAGGAAAUACGCGGUAAUUACCCAAGAACCCCGCCCUCUGUGAGAGGCGAGGCUGCGGGGCUGCCGGGAUGGUUUGAGGACCGGGCCCGGCCAGAGAGACUCCAACCUUCACCCCCCCGCGGUCCCCGGUCCCACCCCCCGCCGUCUCCCGGCGCCGCCACUUCAGGCAGCCCACUCGGCCCGGCCUCUCCCCGCGCCCGGACCACCCCCCAUGGGGUGCUCUCACUGCGCAGCGAGUCCCUCCGCUGCCUCCUCCCAGCCCAAAAUGGCGGCGGCGGCCACCGAUCCUUCUCGUCGCCUUCCUCUAGGGCCGAGGAUCCCUCCGCGUCCAAGCCCCUCCCCUCUCAGCCGGAUCUGUUUUCUGCCCAGUGUGAAAACCAGGCUGGAGGCGGCCCUUCAUUUGAAAAUGAGGGUGUGCAGGUGUCACUAGUUAAAAGGCAUCUGCUGAAAGAUUUGGAACAGAAGAAGGUGGCUACUCCAAACCAGACCAACUGUAACACAAAGUCACCAGCAGCCCUGGAGGAGGCCAAGACCUCUCGUGUUCCUGGGAGCCCCAGAACAUCCCCUGAGCCUCAUGACCCUGGAGGUUCCCUGCCCCUGACACCCCGGAUGGAGAGCCACUCAGAGGAGGAAGAUCCUCCCGGCAGUGGCCUAGGCUGGAACGGUAGGGGUCCCCGGGCCCGGAGCCCAGGGGGCUGCUCAGUGGAGGCCGUACUGGUACGGAAGAAGCACCGCCGGCGGCCCUCAAAGCGCAAGCGGCACUGGCGACCCUACCUGGAGCUGAGCUGGGCCGAGAAGCAGCAGCGGGAUGAGAGGCAAGGCCAGCGGGCCUCCCGAGUCCGAGAGGAGAUGUUUGCCAAAGGCCAGCCCGUGGCACCCUACAACACCACCCAGUUCCUCAUGAACGACAGAGACCCCGAGGAGCCCGACCUGGAUGUGCCCCGAGGGGCCUCCCACCCGGGCUCCAGUGGGGAGAGUGAGGCCGGGGACAGCGACUCGAGGGGCCGAGCUCACGGGGAGUUCCAGCAGAGGGACUUCUCCGAGGCCUAUGAGCGCUAUCACACGGAGAGCCUGCAGGGCCGCAGCAAGCAGGAGCUGGUCCGCGACUACCUGGAUUUGGAGAGGCGGCUGUCGCAGGCCGAGGAGGAGACGAGGAGGCUGCAGGGGUGCGCCAGCCAGCGGCCCUGUCGCCAGGUGGAGGAGCUGGCCGCCGAGGUGGAGCGGCUCCGGACGGAGAACCAGCGGCUUCGGCAGGAGAACGAGAUGUGGAACCGGGAAGCUGGCCGCCGUGGUGGGGAGCCGGGCACCUAGGAGAAGUUUCUGCUUCGUACACACUCAGGCCAGCCGAGUCUCAAGGAGGCAGGUCUCAGCACCUCUGCGCCCCCCGGAGAACAGCUCAUUGAGGUUCCGGCUUCCAUCUUGUCAUCGCCACAGUUCGUUCUUUGAAGUUUGUUCUUUGAUGUCAUCUUAUUUUUCACAAAGGAAUUAAAUGAUUUUGGUGAGAUCACA